UCGCUGAGUGGGGUCCUCUGUCCCAUCGUCUCUUAUAACAGGAAGUUUGAAGCCRGAGGUGAUCGGUCAAAAUGCCAGAGGAGAUGGCAGACGGUGGGAGAAAGCUUCUGACUGUCGACGACCUCAUCAAUGGCUUGGAGAAGCGCGAGAGGGCGCCAAGUAAUGUCCCGAAGGUCGAGACAUUUCACUUCAAAGGGGAUCGGGUAUCUGAUUGGUUGGAUGUGACAGAGCAGGCGUUGGUGGGACUGUCAGAUGAGGUCAAGCUCCAGCGGGUCCUGAGGUAUGUCUUGCACAGUCACCAUCGGGAAGUAACUAAGGUUGUGGACGCCACCGGUGGCAGUUGGGCAAAGUUUGGAGACCUAAUGCGAAGGAAGUAUAGCCUGGGGGACGGCCUGCUGACCAUGAACAAGGAAGACUUCUCUACCAUUGGGGCGUUUGUGCACGAGUUCAAGAAAAGGGCGAGGAAAGUGCACGGGAUUUCUGAGGAGGCGCAGUGCGCCACAUUUUUGGGGCUGCUUAUAGGCUCGGAGGCCACAGAGCUGACGAAGUAUGGGGAAGGAAGCGAGAGGCUCACCUGGGCAACCAUUGAGAAGGGAGUGGAAGAAGGGAGCCUGGACCAGGUGGAGCAGCACCAAAUGAGGCUGCAAAGGCGCAAGAGGAAGGAGAGGGAUGUUACUGCAUCCGGGACCCCAGGGGUGAAGAGAAUAGUCACGGACGUGUUGGCGGCACUGGGGUAUGAUAGCGAAGCAGAACUACAGAAAAGAGUGGUGGCAGUGGCCCAAGGCCGGGCGUCAGGAGUAGUAGAUGAGGAGGAAGGGCGCGAAGACUACGGCGGAGGGGAGACGGGCUCCCAAGCCCUGACUAAGGCCCAGAGGAAGCAGCGUAAUCUGCUACUGGGGGGACAGGGAUCAGGGAAAGGGCAGGCUCCCCAAGCCCCUGCCACACCACCACCUGUCGCCGCGGCCGCCCCAGCGCCCGCGCCAGCCGGAUCAUGGCACAUGGGGCCGCCGCCAUCUUAUGGACAUUGGGUGAGGGACCAGCCGAGCAUCGCAAUGGUGGACACGGGUGCGGAGAUGAACAUCAUCCGGGAGCGGGACGCGACCAUGUUGGGGUUGGAGGUCGACCAUUCGGACCAUGGCGUGUUGCAUGGCGCCAAUUGUAAGGCCAUUUUUUGCGGCACCCCGUCUAAUGUGAUGGUGGAGAUUGGGAGAGUAAGGGCGCGGAUGUGCUUCUUCGUCAUGCCCGACGUCGACCACCCUAUUCUUCUGGGAAGAUCGUUCCUCUGCCGGACGGAGACCUUGGUCUUCAACAGGCAUGAGGGGACGAUGAUUCUGGCUCUAUCUGAUCCGGCUUGCGGAAACUACGAGAUCAUCAAGUGUCGGAACACAGGGCCCGAAAGUGCGAGGAAUAGGCUCAACCUCGGCUCCUUUACCUUCGAGGAGUCGGAGUAUGCGCGGCGGAGACUCCGAGAGGAACAAGAGGGGGAAGGAGCAGGCGAGGUGUUGUCCCUGAGCCUUAACGAUGUGAAUAAGGCAAUGGAGGUGGUGGCGGCGCACGAUAUGGCGGACCCGGAAGCCAUAAAGGCAUUGAGGGAGCAGGAGAGGACCUUGAUGGUGGAGACCAUGAGGAGGAGGCAUUGCGCGUAUGCGUUUAAUGAUGACGAGCGUGGGAGGUUGGACGUGGAUAAGAUCCCGAUGAUACGAAUCCAUACCGUCUCACACGAGCCGUGGAACCUUAGGGGCGCGCGGUACCCGAAUCCGGAUGAGGAGAAGAAGGUGGUGGAUUACUUGGAUGGGAAGAUGAGGACGUAUGUGGCAGAUUACUCUAGUGGACCGUAUGUUUCCCCUUGGUUCUGUUUUAUCAAGCCGAAAGGUACGCUGCGGUGGGUGCAGGAUCUACAACGACUGAAUGCAGUGACGGUGCGGGACGCGGGAGGGUUGCCGAACGCAGACGCCCUGUCAGAAUCAUGCGCAGGAAGGCCUAUAAUCUCACUUAUAAACCUUUACUCUGGGUAUGACCAGUUUCCUGUGUACCCACCGGAUAGGCCGGUGACGGCGAUGCAUACGCCAAGGGGGCUGAUACACAUGAACGUGGCACCUCAGGGGUGGACUAAUGCGGUGGCGAUGGUGCAAAGGCACAUGAUUAGGGCCAUGCAGACGGUUAGUCCACAUAUCACUCAGCCCUACAUUGACGAUUUGGCGGUCAAGGGUCCAAAGGAGAAGGAGGAAGACGAAGUGAUCCCAGGAGUAAGGCGGUUCGUCUGGAAGCACGUCCAGGAUAUCGAUCAGGUUCUGGGUCUGCUGGAAGAACACAACCUGACGGCGGGCGGCCCCAAAUCGAAGCAUUGCAUGAGGGAGGCCACGAUUCUGGGCUUUGUCUGCAACGAGAAAGGGCGGAGGCCAGAUGUGAAGAAGACGGAUAAGAUCCUGGAAGCAUUUAAGAAAGCUAGUGCGUCAGAUCAGGAAUGGGUCUGUAGCGAGGACCAGGAGAAGGCUGUGGAAAGGAUGAAGGGAGAGUUUAGGGAAGGAGGCUUGGUGCUGGGAGCGCCGAACUACGAGGUCACGGAGGAGAAGCCAUUCGUUGUCGAGACGGACGCUGGGCCAACUGCCUUAGGAGGAGUCCUGAUUCAGGCGGAUGCUAAUGGGAAAGAGAGGCCGCUGAGGUUUGAAAGGCGCACCCUCAAUACGACUGAAAGGAAUUACUCCCAGUUUAAGAAAGAGACGUUGGCGGUACUCCAUUGCCUAAGGACCUUCCGGAACUAUAUCUUUGGCAGGCGGCUCAUUUUGAGGGUGGAUCCUACCGCGCUAGCGUGUUCCCUGAAAAGUUACACUCCAUCUGACCCAACCAUCGCGAGGUGGUUGACUUACAUUUGGAUGUUUAACUUUGAGUUGGAGAGGAUUCUCGGGGACAAGAACACGGCAGAUGGAUUGAGCCGUAUCAACUGGGACGGGGCGAAUCAAGAAUCAAUUGAGGAUACCCCACCAGUUGAUGGGUUCUUGGACCAGGAGGAGGAUGCCCGCCUCCACAUAAAUGAAUGGUCGCUGAGGGUGCCCAGCUGCGUCGCGCAUCCUAUAUGGCUAGCACCAAGGGGGUACGAGGAGAAGGAGGAGUUGGUCCUCAAGCCCUUCCAGGAAGAAGAUCCGUGGGGGAGUAAGGAUGUUGGCUGGAUGAUAAGGUUGGCAUUGGCAGGGACACAUAGUCUAGCAGAGGAGGUAAGGACGAUAGAGGAAGGCCCGACCCAGAUAGAGGAACAUGAACAACUGAUGGGAAAAAUGUACUUGCUCACCAACACGUUCCUGCAGGGGAACUUUAGCCAGAGGAGCGCCGCGAGUUCAGAGGAGGGCGAGCUUCUUAUUCCUGAGAGUCAGGACGACGAGUUCGAAGAGGGAGAGAUCAGGGAAUCCUUCCGUGUUGAGGAGUAUGAUGGGAUCUAUUGGGAAUUGGGGUUACUCCUGUCGUGCGAAAUGAGGGAUAGGGACGCAAGUGCUAAGGCCCAAAAGAUGAGGCAUCUCUACGUAGUGAGAGAUGACCAUUUGUUUAUAAAGCGACAGGUUGGGAACCCCAAGAGGAUCGUAUGUGGGAGGAACCGACAGAUCGAUGUCAUAGCAGCCUUACACGAUGGUAUAGCAGGGGGGCACAAAAAGGAGGCCUCACGGCUGGGAGAGGGCUCAGUUGAGCCGGCGUGCUAUGUACCAUUGGAGGAGCCCCUCGACCCCGAGAUGGAGACAGACAUGCGAGACCGAGAGGAGCCGCAGGAUCCUGAGAUGGUAGCCGAGCGGCCGGAUCCGGUACGACCUCAGGGUAGAGAGGUGAUCACGGUUGGGGACGAUACCCCCCCAUGCUCUCCAGCUCCAGAGCCAGCACAGCGUUCAUGGUUAGAGGGGAUUCCCGAUCCAGGCAGUGAAAAGAUUCCGGAGUUUCCCCCUGAGGCCACCACUAUACCUGAGCAGGAGGCAGAGGCGGAGGACCAGGGUGUGGGUGAGAGAGCGAGGAUAGAGGCGCCCCUUGACUUGCCCUUGGCCACGCAGGUGACCAAGAGCCCGGAUAUCGAGGAACCCAUUUCAGCAGAGUUACCGCCAGUAGUGUCGCGCGCGAGCGAAGGGAUGGAGACGGAGGCGUCGACUCCAGGAGACCAGGGGCCGCGAGUGGAAGGAACCCCAAGAGAGACCCGCGAAGAGAAGUCCGCCCGAGUGCGGGUCCGUCUGGAUGAGAUAUACGCAAGACAGGCUGAGAUGGAGGUGGCAGGGAUAGAGCCGACACCGUCGGUCGAGCCCAAGACGAGUGAGCAGAGGAUCCACGAGUUGCGGGCUAGGUAUGAGAGCCAGAGGGAUGCAGCCCGCCAGAGGUCACGAGAGGCAGGACGGGCGGACGAGGAGACGAGUGAGCUGAGAGAGAUGGGGGACUUGGGGUUCUCCGCGACCAGGCAGGCGAUUGAGAGCAUGGAUCGGAGGGUAUGCGAGACGACAGUCACGUCUUUCCAGUGGUAUAAUCUACUCAGCAAUGAGCUCCGAGUCAAAGAGUUGGAGGUGGAGCACCUGACUACUCAGCUUGCCGAGGAGAGGGCGAGAAGCCAGGCUAGAGAGGUUGAGUGGGAGAGGAGAUUUGGGGAGAUGGCGGUUGUUGUGGAUAGGCUCUCAGCAGCCUGGGAGGCUAGCCAGGUGGGGCGAGCCGGUGCCGAUGGCCAGGGCCGGGGGAUGUGCGCCUCGCCGAGCCAAGGAGCAGCAGUGGAGGUCCCCCGACAGAGUGAGCCGAUGGAGGAGGUGCCCUUGGACGCAGUUGAGGAGGAAGGUGGUGCGCAGGAGUCGCUUAUGGCUAUGUCCACGGAGAGGAUAGGUUCGCGCUUGCAUGAGCUGGUGGCAGCCACGGGGAUAGGCACUCCACAGGAGAGGCCUCAGAGGCUCGACACUCCAGAGGAUGCUCCGAGAUUGGGAAAGUUGAGGACAGAGUUAGGUUUCUGGUCCACGGAGAAGGACUCCGGGAAGCCUGACUCGCAGCGACAACAGCAGCAGGAGGUCAUGAGUGAGCCCACCGUUAUGGGGGACCCUCAGCCGUCAGGGGUAUGCAGAGAUGAGGCGGUGAUGACAGAGAGGGCUCAUGAGGAGGGACCCCGCGAGUUGGGCACGCCGGGCUGCAGGCCAGUGAGCACGGCCAUACGAGAGGGUGGGGGUGCUCAGGCUAUGGAGCAUGGACCUCAGGGCCAUGUGGGGUUGCCCUCGUGUCAUGAGGUGACUACUGAGACCAUGGGGAUGCCUUCGGCAUCGAGUUCGCAGGGGAGAAAGAAGAAGACUGCCAGAUGGCACGAUGCCUGCUGUUUCUGGUGCAAGGAGGAAGGGCAUAGAGCCGUGGACUACCCAGAACUCCUCGAAAAUAAGGCCGAGGGGCGAGUUGCGGAGUUCGACGGCAAGUUCUAUGACAGGCAGGGGAGGAUAGUAGAGCGAGCUCCAGAUGGGGGCAGGGCUCAGUUAUAUAGGCAGAACCAGGAGGAAUUAUGUAAGUAGGGAUCGAUUUGUCUAUAUAUUGAUAGGAUUAGAGAUCCUUGACACACACAGGGCGGGGUUAGGGGUGUACAUACCUUGAGUCAGUUGAGCGGGCCCUAGAUGUGUGUGUGCGUAGGAGUGGUGGGAGGAGUUUCUAUCCAAUUGUACAUAUGCGUGUGACUUUUGUUCGCUUGUUCCUUCUUGAGCUUCUUCGUGGGCUACGACCCAGGGGUAGAACUCAGUUGUAUGAUAUAUCAGACCAUUUAGUUACAUUUGGCUUUGUGAUUCACAAG